AUGGCGCCGGGGGUGGCGUUCACGAUCGGUCUGAUCCUCGUCGUCGGACACCUACAACAGGGGCCAGGAAUCCACGCGAAGACCUUCACCUUCCCCGAGUACCCGUACAAGGAGACCACCAAAAAUGAACUUCUCUUCAGGCAAUACGAGCAGACUUGUGAAGAAAGCGGCGCUUGCAAGAUGCUUCCACCGCAAAGUAACAGUAUUGCCAAAACCAGAUGCAUCCGCGAGUGCGUGUCACCGUCCUGUUACAAAGAGAUCUACUUGUUCGACCAGCUGGAAGAAGGGGAGAUCGACGUGAGAUUGAACUCCUUCAAGGGUUGCUUUAUGCAGCGCAACGGACGACCGCGGAAGUAACGAAAGACCGGCCGACGAGAAGUCGAAACGACGCCGGGAG